UAAUUAUUUCAUUUCCAUAGUUGUGUGUGAGCUUGUUUAUUGUUCUGACUGAUCUCAGUUUGAUGUAGAAUCAUUCUUUACCAACAAGAACUUUUACAGUGACAUAAAAGUACAAAAGAAUUUUGAAUACGUGAUAAUUAUUGAACUUGGUCACCAUGAAGAAAGUUUUUAUAUUAAUGUUUCUUGGAUCUUUUGCAUGUAUGCAACAGUAUGUUGAAUCACGACCCCUUAAUGUCCAACACAAUCCAGAAGAAAAUGAAGUAAAUAAACUUACCGACUACAAAUAUAUUUCUAAUCAACAACGUGCCUCUUUAAAGUCAAUACUUGGAUUUGAAGAGUAUCUUGCAGAUAGAAUGAUGAGAGAAAGUGUGUGGAGAUCACAAAAGAAAUAUCCCAAAAUUAAACAUUUUCCAAAUACUCAGAUAUCUGAAAGAAGCAAACCUGAUGACACCAUAUAUGUGCAUAAUGAUAAAAAUGAACAGAACUCUUUUUCUCAUGAAGACACACCCCAAUCAGAUGAUCUCAGGAAUUAUACUACUCAUAGCGAACAUGAAGAAAUUCUGGGACAUAAUGAUAAUACUGAAGGCAAUUAAUCAUCCAGAUAAUGGGGUAAAAGGAAUUCUGAAUCAAGUAUCAUCCCCAAUAGUGAUCAAAGAUGACACAAGAAUUAACAAACAUGGCCAUAACUUUCAUUCUUCUGAAAGUGAAAAUGAUAAACUAAGAAGAAUCACAAACCUGAUAGAUGCACACACUGAAGCUUUAAAAGAUAACAUAAAAAGAGAGCUUGGCAUGGAGAAAUUUAUAAAAGAUAUUAACAGCAAAGCAUAUGAUAAUGAUGUGCAUCACACUAAUCAAGAUCUACAAAAUUUAGGACAUCUACAUGAAGAAUCAUCUUCUCAUGAUUAUGGUGAAGGGCAAAGCAAAGCUUCAGACAACACAGAAACCAAGAGAUGCAACUGCAUAAAUGGAAAUGAUAAACUAAAACAUCCAUCACGUACCGUCAGAAUAGAGUUACCAGAGGACUGGAUACCAUCAUUUCUUAAAAAGAAUGAGACUGAGCCUGAUGAUGUACACAAGUAUGAUGGUGUGUUUGGUGGUUUAACUCAUUCAAAUUACAAUGAAGACGUACCACGAAUAAAGCGUGUGUAGUGAAAAUGAACUCAAGAAAAUUUUCAGACAAAUGAUAACAGGUCUAUCUGUUCAUGAAGUCCAUGGCAAGGAAACAAUUGUAAUAAAGAAAUUUAAGAUUAUAUGUGAAUAAAACUGUAAAUAGUA